UUCAAAUCAGUUACGGUUAGGGUCAGAACUGCAUGUGGGUUCAGUGGAUACAUUUAGUAAGAAUGAAAAGAUGAGGUAGUGACAGUAGUGGUGAGUAGAGGGCGAAAACAAGGGUCUUGUGAUGGCAUCAAGUGUGAUUCCUGGAUGUCAUGUAAUGAGUGAUCUCCUGACUAUCCGUGAGAAAGGUGUCCUCUUCACUCUGCUCGAACCUCAGUGUAAGCUGAUCAAAACUACAGUAGCACAGGUACUAGUGGCCAAAGAGACCCAGGGUGAGAGUCCAGGCUGGAGUUGUUUGGGUUGUGGCGUGUUGUGUCUAAUGGAGGAUGAGUCCAUUCACUCCUGCUUCCUGCGUCUCUACUGUGUCAAGCAUGCAAAGUUACUGUGGGAGGAGGAGCUGUACAUUCCAUUCAAGUACAAUGCAACUCGCACGUUCUUCCACACUUUCCCUGCAGAUGGCCAGCAGGUUGGACUCAACUUUGCAAAUGAGACAGAGGCUGAGGAAUUUCAUCUUGCCGUGGAGGCUGUCCAAAGAAACCAAGAAGAGAUGACCAGGAUGAUUGAAAUAACAAAGGCUGAAGGAGAGGACAGUUCAACAAGUGACCCACACCAUUCAGGAAUUGAGCCACUUGACCAUUUUGACGGGGAGCCACAUUUCCCCAUGGACGCACCGUCCACGACAGUUACACCAGCCACCAGUUCAGAUCAGGACCCCGCAAUGAGGAGGCUGUUGAUGCAGGCAAGACUCACUAAGGAAGACCUGAGAGACAAAGACAUUGCUGAAGCUGUCGACUGCAUCAUCAACCGGUUUGGAGGACUAAAGGCUGUGCAGAGAGAGCUAUGGAACAUAGGCCCAGCAUCUCAGACAUUGCCAAGAUCUGCAGGGGCAUCCAUCUCCCUUGCUCUGAAGAAAGGGCCUUUGCCACCGGUUCCCUCCAUCAAACGCAGCAACACCUCCCAGCGGACUCCACAGGGCGCAGACACACUUGGCCAGAGUCAGAUUCCCCCUUGGAUUCCUCCUCCACCUACUCCUGCUCCAGUUGUCCCAGAGAGAUUCAGAAAGAGUGCAAGUUUCAAACACGUGGGCUCCUCAACAGCUGCAGACAGAGGAGACCUUAUCCUGACUGCAUUGACAGAAGUUUUCAGACAAAAGCAGCUGCUCCAGCAAACCACAAGUGCAGAUGGGAGUGAAUCAGAGCCGGACAGUGAUGUUCACCUUUAAAGAAACGUUGUUUUUUUUCUGUGCUGUAUGAUAUACUCAUUAAACAUUUGUGAUACAUCUGCAA